AUGGCUCCUCAGAAGGCUCCAGCAGGCCAGAAUGCAUCACAGGGUGUAGUGAACCAGGCAGUUGUCAUAGGGAUACAGAAGGAUGCAUUGAAGAGAUCUUCAGCAGUACACCCUACCAACCAGCAGGCAGCAGCUGUAACACACCUUGUACCUCCUGGGUCUCUUCCUCCUCACCCUCCACAGUCCUUCAAUCAUAUGCUGCCCCACCACCAACAAUAUGAUGCAUAUAUGUGCCCUACCAGUACCGAUCCCAAGCUGGAGCCAUUAGAUACAAGGGACACUCCAUCAGAGAGUGAUGCCGUACUGAUAGAUCCAGCUAUACAGGAACAAGACACCAAUAUCGAGCAAAUGCCACCUCCGCCUGCAAAGUUCAAUCAAUUUGCUCCCACAAAGAAAUCACUUGCCACCUCAGCACCUAGCAACAAUCCAUUUGAUGUGUUCACCACUGGCACCAGACUUGAAUCAGCAUCCCCAAUGUUGACCACAUCUUCACUCACUUUGUUGGAUGCCCUCACAACACCAUCGUGUUUGUCAUCUGUGGCUCCUCAACUGUCAGCAAGCAAUAGACACAUAUCUGCAACUCCUACCAAAUCAAUUGUGAGCACACACGCAGCUGUCGUCAUUCCCAAAUGGCUCACUGAUACCAUAAGAUGUCUCAAGAAUGAUGUCAAGUCCCACAAAGAGAAGCUAGAAGAGACCAAAGAUCUUCUUCAAGAACAAACUGUGGAAUUAAACGAGCUUCGUCAGCUGAUUGCAACACUACACAAUGAUCAGACUCAGCUUGGAGAAGACAUCGACAAAACACGCAUAUCUCUUGACUCUGUCCAUUUGAACAUUGAUGUCAUCACCAAGUCAUUGGAAGGUAGUGGGGAACCGUCAAAAGUGAAGGUUGCACAUGCAGCAGUACACCAACUGAAGACUGGAGUUCGGAAGACCUUCUUAAAGGCAAUAGGUGUGAUGAAGACAGACGACAACAUUCUUAAGUGCUUACAUGAAAUUUUCAAACAUUACACUGCAGACUACCACACUGCAAAUAAGCUCUCAUUGAUCACCAGAAAGGCUAAGGGUAAGAUUGACCCACAGACAAAAUCCGAUCUCACAAGUAUGGAGUGGGACUUUGCCUUUACCUUGCCAUACCAGAGCACUGACGAGAGUGUGCAAUCAGAAGACAAUCAUGGAGGUAUCGAUCCAGACACUGAUGAGGAGAAAGACCUUCAUAAGAAGCCUGCAAAAGUCAAGGGUAAGAGAAAGGCCCAUCCAAGGAAGCUUGGGUGA